UCGAUAAGUGAAGCAUGCACCUUCUACGCAACCUCCUCCUGGAAAAUGAGCAUGAACAGAGUUUCCUUUUCUUUUAGGAGCUUCAUUUGAUCAAGUUUCAGAUAAGAUUUUAUAUCGAGCACCCAUUGCCUCCUUUUGCACUUCUCCCUCUCCUCUCCCUGCCAUAUUUGUGACCAUGAAUGGCCCUGAAAACCCUAACCCUAAUUACACUUGCUUCGAAGAGAUCGUCGAUCUGUCAGAAUUCGAAUUAUCGGAUUAUCUCCUUCUCGAAAAUGAUUUCGAGGAAGAUUUGUCGGCGAAAACAAUGGCUAGUUCUGAGGAAAACUUCGCGGGCAGCAGCUCCAACGGAUUCGCUCACCACAAAGCCAGUGAAAGAAGAAAUAGUAACAUAAGAUGCAAGAGUGGAGGGAAGAGCAAGUUAGGUACUGGAUUUAGGGUUGCAUUCAGGACCAAAUCGGAGCUCGAGGUCAUGGAUGAUGGAUUCAAAUGGCGAAAGUAUGGGAAGAAAUCAGUCAAGAGCAGCCCUAACCCCAGGAAUUACUAUAAGUGCUCGAGUGGAGGGUGCCACGUGAAGAAGAGGGUGGAGAGAGACAGGGACGACUCAAGCUACGUGAUAACAACGUACGAGGGCGUUCACAACCACGAGAGUCCAUGUUCUGUGUAUUACAACUACAAGCAGAUAAGGCCUGUCGUGGACGCCAUCGUUGCUGGCGCUUGGGAUCCGCCGGCCCCUCCUUCGCAUUCUUCCAACUGAUCUCCCCUCCUCAUAGAGGUGUUUCAAGCCCUCCUUUGUCAAACCUUAAUUAGUCUUGACAUACUCGCAUGAGAACCUCACAUGGUUUAUGUUGUCUCUCGAUGAAUAUACAUAGAAGCUUCUUCGCUGUGACCUUGACUCAUUGUAGACCCAGUGAAUCUCGAUACAUUAGUUUCGCCUAAUCUAGUUGCAUAAUCAGUACAUUC